CUGUACUGUGUCCGCAGUCUCUGGUCAUCUCCUGUACUGUGUCCGCAGUCUCUGGUCAUCUCCUGUACUGUGUCCGCAGUCUCUGGUCAUCUCCUGUACUGUGUCUGCAGUCUCUGGUCAUCUCCUGUACUGUGUCCGCAGUCUCUGGUCAUCUCCUGUAGUAUGUCCGCAGUCUCUGGUCAUCUCCUGUACUGUGUCCGCAGUCUCUGGUCAUCUCCUGUUCUGUGCGUCUUAUGG